AUGAAGAUUCCACAAGAAGUAACUUGCAAGAAUGUUAUUAACGUGCCUCAAAAGAUAAAGAAAAUUCAACCAAUACCGAGAACUGCUCGGCCAAUAUUGGCUACCUACGACUUACCUAUGAAGAACAUUUGGUAUGAAAAACAGAAAGCAAUAUCUUCGUACAUGAAGAAUAAAGAACUUGGAGAAUUUAGCAUUUCAUAUAAUCAAGGUCCAUAUGGUUCUUUGAAUUCAUCAUUUUAUAAUAUCACUAAAACGUCAUUGGACAGAUACUUCCGGCCAGGAAAAUCAAGACUAAAAGAUAUCAGUUUACUAAUCCAAUCACAACAGAGCAAGUUAUCGAAUUUCAAGGAAUUACCACGAGACCAGGCACACUACAAGAACUACACUAGGAUUUCACAUAAUUUAUUAUGGGGCCAUAUAAUGUUUCGACGAGUCCACAACAAGAAAAAAUAUAUCAAUACUAUGUUAGUGUCAAUAAAGGCUACCUUAAAGGAAAAAAUAAAGAGUGCUGACAGAUGUCAUAUUGCACCGAAUCAAGGAGCAUUUGUACACUCGAAAUUAUUGUCAUAUUUUAAAUCUUUUAAAGAAUUUCUAGGACUGGAUACUGUGAUGACUGAUGUUAGUCAAAUUGAAGCAUUGAAAAUUUCACAGCGUUUAAUAAAAGAUCAGCUGUUAACUAAUACAACUGAAAUAAAGCAUGGGAGAAUGGACAGUGAAUUCUCUGUUGAAGAUUUUUAUUUAAAGCUACAGGAUAAUUUUGGCACUAAUGUAAUUUCAGAGAUUCAAAAAUUGAUGACUUUGAACAAAUCUGGCCGUGAACAGAUUAAGAAAGCAUUAAUGGAAACAUUGACCAGUAAUGCGAUUCUCACAUCAGACGAAAUUACUAUACUCAUGUUAUGCUGGUUGCAAGAUGGGGUAGAUCUACCAUAUAUAUUGAGUCAAUUAGGAAAUUAUAAUGGACAAUUAGAUCUUAACGCCUCUCAUUAUAACAUUCUUUUACGUAAAGAAAGCGGUAAUAUGCUUGACUGUCUAGAGCAGAUGUGGAAGUUACACAUAAAACCAGACAGAAUAACAAUGUCCACUUUAAUAGAAACCGCUGGAAAGACCAACGAUAUAGAACUUCUUUUAAAGGUCACAUAUAUCAUGCUUCACAUCAUCCAAGUAGAUAUUGACUUGGCCAUGGUGGAGAGAAUAACAAAGGCGUAUAUGCAAUGUGGUCAGAAAAUGAUUCCUUUACUAUUUUUAAAAAGUGCAAUAAAUUCAUACAGGACUAAGCCAACAUCCGAAAGAGAUAACAAACCCGACAUAGAUAUUGAUGAUGUACUGGCUGUGGAUGCUCUUUUAACAGAUUGGGAAUAUGAAGGUGCCUGCAGGCCACUCUUGAAUCAUGUGAUCAAGCCUACUGAAGGGAUGUUGAUGGGUAUACUGAAUUUAUUUAAAGGAACCGAACACAAUAAUAUUAUUAGACUGCUUGCGAGUGAUGACUGA